CGUGAGUCCGCCCAGCCAUGACCGACGUGCUGUGGUCGGUGCUCCCCAACGGGACUGAGGUCCCCCCCUCCCCGGGCUGGUCCUCGGGCAACGCCACGGUCACGGCCGCCAAGUGCUCGCUGACCAAGACGGGCUUCCAGUUCUACUACCUGCCCGCCGUCUACAUCCUGGUCUUCAUCACGGGCUUCCUGGGCAACAGCGUGGCCAUCUGGAUGUUCGUGUUCCACAUGAAGCCCUGGAGCGGCAUCUCGGUCUACAUGUUCAACUUGGCCUUGGCCGACUUCCUGUACGUGCUCACCCUGCCCGCGCUCAUCUUCUACUAUCUCAACAAGACCGACUGGAUCUUCGGCGAGGGCAUGUGCAAGCUGCAGCGCUUUAUCUUCCACGUGAACCUCUACGGCAGCAUCCUCUUCCUGACCUGCAUCAGCGUGCACCGCUACACCGGCGUGGUCUACCCGCUCAAGUCCCUGGGCCGCCUCAAGAAGAAGAACGCCGUGUACAUCAGCGCCCUGGUGUGGGCCGUCGUGGUGGCCUGCAUCGCCCCCAUCCUCUUCUUCUCGGGCACCGACGUGCGCAUCAACAAGACCGUCACCUGCUACGACACCACCUCGGACGACUACCUGCGCAGCUACUUCAUCUACAGCAUGUGCACCACCGUGGUCAUGUUCUGCAUCCCCUUCGUGGUCAUCCUGGGCUGCUACGGCCUCAUCGUCAGGGCGCUCGUCUCCAACGACCUGGACAACUCGCCGCUGCGCAGGAAGUCCAUCUACCUGGUGAUCAUCGUGCUCACCGUCUUCGCCGUGUCCUAUCUCCCCUUCCACGUCAUGAAAACGCUCAACCUGCGAGCCAGGCUGGAUUUUCAGACGCCGGGGAUGUGUGCCUUCAACGACAGGGUCUACGCCACGUACCAGGUGACUCGGGGGCUCGCCAGCCUCAACAGCUGCGUCGACCCCAUUCUCUAUUUCUUGGCCGGAGACACUUUCCGGAGGAGACUGUCCAGGGCCACCAGGAAAGCUUCCCGGAGAAGCGAGGCUAAUUUGCAGUCCAAAAGUGAAGAUAUGACCCUGAACAUUUUAUCCGAGUAUAAGCAGAACGGAGAUACGAGCUUAUGAAGUGCCCACGUGCAAAAGCUUCCCAAACACUUCAUUUAAAAAUAAGAAGAAGAAAAGAAAACUCCAUCGUAUCAUGAGAAACAGAAGAACUGGAAGGGAGGAUGUGGGCUGGGGCAACUAUGCCACUUAGCAGUCAAGGACUUUAAAAAAAAAAGUCAUUCGAUGAGUUUAGAAAGAAUAUAAAACUCAAAUAUUCUGAAGCCAAAAAGAGAGAUACCCUUUCCCCUUGUACUAAAGCCUUGUAGGAUUUUUUUAAUUGGAUCAGUCACUUUCCUGAAUUGAAAUAUAUUAAAAGAGUACUCUCCAUUAAAUACAUGCGAUUUAUGCCAUUUCAAAAUUCGCCACUCUCAAAUAUACAUAUAUGUGUUCGCUUUUCCCUUUGGUUAUUGUUAUAUUUAUAAUUUCGCCUGAGAUAUAGAACUGUCUUGGACUUUAGGUCGUGCACCUAGAGUCAUCAUUUUAAGUAUUAUUGUCUUUUCUGAUCCACAUGAGCAUCAUUCUACUCGUCCACAUCCUCCAAAUAUUUAGGAUAGAAAAUAAUUCUCCCGAUUCUUCAGGUAGCAAAGUGAGCUGGCUCCUGGGUUUGAAAAAAUCCAACGUUUUCUGUUAGUCUGUGAGCAAAAGUUUCUGGCUGUCUUCAGUGGGUUGAUGAUUAGACAGAUGUGUUUGAGUUGAAAAUCUCGAAAGGAUUUUUUACCUAAAAGAGAGUAGAGUGAGCUGGCUCCUGAGCUUUGAAAAAAUCAAACGAUUUCUGUUGGUUGAUCAGCAAAAAUUUCUGGCAGUCUUCAGUCGGGUGAUGACUAGACAGGUGGCUUGGAGCUGAAAUCUUGAAAGGUGAUGCUGAUUUUCUAAUUGUAAUUUUCAAGAAAACUGUUCUUUAUAUUUUGGGUGCUAGAUGUUUGAUGGUGGAAAUCUGUAUUCAUUGUCAUGGAUAAAGUCCCGAAUUUAAAUAAUAAUGGCACAUAGGUUUUUGAGCUUAAUGUCUCGGGAUGUUUAAAAUCUCCUUAAGUAAACAUGCUAUUUAUUGGCAAUGUUGCUGUUUAAUGCUGCAGGGGUUUGUUUGUUUUCCUGGAUGAAUGUUGAUCCACAUCAGCAAAAAAAAAAAACAUAAAAAGCCAUCCUGAACUAAUGAUUUACUGGCUAAAGUUGAAUGCACAAGUUAAGGCAAAGUGUAGCUGGGCAAGGGUAGUGUUUGGGAGUUAAUGGUGACCUAAAAUCUGGGUGUUUGAGUUUUUUUUUUUUUAAUGGAAAGAAAUAAAUGAAAUCAGGAGACGAAAACACAAUCAUUGUCAAAUAGGAUCUGUAAGAAAAGUGCUGGAAAAAGUGACCUUUUAUAUUAUCCUCAAACAUGUCUAAAAGUAUGAUAACAGUAGGAGAAGAUUCGUAAAUGGUAAGAGAAUAGUUUUCAUUGUGUAAAUUGUUUAUAGAAAGAGCAUGAUCUGAGCUCACUAAUCCUCAUUUUGUAAAAUGGGAGUGAAAAUAUUCUAUUUAAAUACCUGAGGACAUCCCUUGGCAGCAUGGCCAAGCAGAUUCAAUUGUUAAUCAUAGAAAUGCUGUUUUUUAAAAAAGAACUACUUCACUUUAAAGAGGUCGAUAAGGGAUGCCUUUGUAUUACAGGUUUGCUUUGCUUCUCAGGACAUUAACCUGUCAAAUGUUUCGGGCUUUUCUAAUAUUGCUCAUUCUGUGUUUAAACACAUUUUUAAUUGCUACAAUCUGAGCCCUGUAAUAUUUUCCUCACACAAUGAUAUUAACUUAUUGAGAUGAAUAUGCUGUAUAUCACCUAAACAGGCACAAACUCCCAUUAAAUAUGAAAGAUCAGUAUUAAGGAUUGUUUCAUAAAUUCAAUUUGUAGAACUAAAAAUGCAUAGACUCCAAGCAGGGGGCUGACAAUCAUCAAUCCUUGUAUUCUCUGAGUUAUUGUGGAAUAUGGAAUUGGUUCUUGAGAGCAACUUGGGGGGCCCAAAGUGAUAACCAAAUCAAUGCAGUGAUUGAGGGAUUGACUAACUUUGCAGAGUUCGGAGGAACCUUUAAAGUUAGCUAAUCCAAACCUCUGGUCUCACAGGAUCAGAGGAAAGGAGAUUCUCUUAUUUGAAAAUUGUAAAAGAAACCUUUCCAUGUGUAAAGUGUCAUCAUCUACUUAUACUUUUACAUAGAGAAAACAAGUCACCAAAAUGCACAUAGCAAAUUAGAUGCGGUGAAAUGGUAAUAAACAUAACGAUCUUUCAAAGCUCAGUAGAUAUUUGCUAAAAAUCUCUUUCAGCAGCAAAUUGGGGGGUUAUUCCUGUAAUCCAUGGCAGGAGAACAGAACACAAAACAUAAACUAUUUAAUGACUAUUUACCUGAAUGAUCUUGGAAGCAUUGUGUAAUUUGUAGCAACGUUAAAUACCCCAGGGACAAAAAGGGGGUAGGGAGCUUGGGCCAGGGCCCAUUAAGUGAUGUCUCCCUGAUAGCGAAAUUCUUCCAUUUAUUUCAGUGUUUUGGUUUUUUUAAGAUCUUAGGAUGUCCAGGUCUGUGCAGGGCUGCUUUCCAGGCUAGCCUAACCCUAUUGAUCAUGUAAAUUCUGCAUUAUUUUUGGUCCUAGAGAACUUUCAGAUUGUGUGUGGAGAGCUAGCAAGGGGAGAUGGAGGGUGAAUAGAAGUGCUCUUUUACUGUUGGGAAGGUUUCUUUCAGUUUCCUACUUUAUAUCUCACAGAGGAGACCAUAAUGACAUGCAUGGAAUCAAGAAACCCUGCCAAAAAGUAACAAAGAAUGAUUUUGCCGGCUAUUUCCAAGCAGCCCCUAUGGCAGAACAGGGAUUUCUGGUCAUUGUGUCCACCAAGUCUGAAUUAAACUGGAAAUCAGGCUGAAGUGGUAUAACCCCUUUGCCUGAAAAAAGAUAGUAUCUGAUGCUGUGACUUCUUAAAUCUCGAACAGAGCAACAUGUAAGCAUUGAAACAAGUGAAUUUGCUAAUGUGCUAUAAUUUCUCAGCCAAAAUUGAUGAAAAGUUCAGAAUCCAGAUGUUUCUUAGCAUCUGAGUAAUCACUGCUGAAAGCCUGCCAAAUUUAUUUGCUCCUUGACCUGAAUGGAUAGGAAACUGGGAAGAAUUGGAGUGUGGCUCAGGAUUUCUAAGUUCUAAGUUUGCUUUGCCAGUCAGCUAACCUCCCUGGUGAGUUCAAAUGCUACAAUCCAUCUCCCCCCACCCCUUCCUCCUUGGUAAAAGAGUAUUGGAAUAACUCCUCUGUCACAAGGACAUUUAAGAGUCUGAAAAAGAAUGGAGAAACAUAAAAUAAGCCACUAUUGUUUUCCAGAACCACUCAAUUCCAGGCAUUGGUUUAGCAUUCCUACGUGGAUAUCAACUGUGAUGUGGAAAUAUGCCCAGGAAAUCUGUUCAAACUACUAACUUUCCUCUUGUACGAUACUAAACUGUCUUUGGAUACAAAUGACUUCAUGGAUAAUAGGGGCUGGAACUGCAUCAGCAACAAAGACUGAAAGUUUGAUACUAGCUGUCAAAUCUGAUCCAUCCGUUAUAUCAUAAACCUUAAGCUUUCUGUUCAUCUUGAAGACAAUUAUCAGAUUAUUUAUUGAUGAAGCAACUGCAGUCCAUCAAUUGUACAGAUACGAUCGAAAACUUUCCCCGGAAGAGCAUUCUUUUUGGAUCUAGAACACUGAUAUAAAUCUUAUUUAUUAAAAUGAAUAUCCUCAGUAUAACAGAUUGCUUUAUCUGGGAUCCAUAAUAUAUGUGGCAUGGUGAAAAUAAGCAUCUCUCUAUGAUUGUCAAAUAUCAGUAUCUUGAAGUGUUGGAUUCUCUUUCAAUCCUUCUUUUUGUGAAAUUAUAAUAAUCUCCCAAAGUCCACUUUGUGAAGCUCCAUAUUAAAUUUUCCCUAAUGAUGUAUUUGCAUGCUUGCCUUUUAAAAUCGGGUUUCUGAUUUUAUAUGUAAAAAGUCAAUUUUGUGUCAAGUGAACAUAGGAUCAUAUGACAAAUAGAAAAUAUUUUAGUCUAACUGGAUCUGUAGGGUAUAUAUUUGUGAAGUUUUGCAGUAAAAAUUUAUACAACCAUUGUAAAAAAAAAUAAUGCAUGAAAUCCAUUGGUGACUACUAUUUGAAAAGUGCAACAGGGUGGACCUAUAUUCAAAGCACAACUAAAUCACUGUGCUGUGCUCUAUAAAACUGGGAAAGAAGUAUUAUAGACAUAGCCUUGGAGAGAGAUUUAGGAAAAUGGGGAAAGAGAGGUGGGAAUGCAGCUGCUAUGGUCCCCUGCUGCUCCAAUAAGCUCUAAUGACAAUUUUUUUUUUCUUAAAUGGCUUCUACCCUAUAUUUCUUUGUUAAGUCCAAUAGCAUGCACUUGGUACUCUUCUCAGCUUAAGUAUAAUCAGAGCAGAUGCAGUCUUACUGUUCCUUUUAUGAAUCUAUGUUCAAUUGCCCUGGUUGGGCCUUCAUUUUAGGUCCAACCACUUUCUAGAGUAAAAAUCGUAUGACUUGGCUGCUGAGUUCUGUUACAACUUUAAAUUUCCUGUUAUAUACUUUAUAAUACAUAGCAUCGCCAAUUAACAUGAAGGGAAAGUGUAUAAGUUACAUGUUCAAUGUUAUGUGCAUUUGGAUCGGUAUAUUUCAGUGCUCCUGUGAAAAUGUUUAUUUUUAUAUUAUCUGUGAUGUAAUAUUGUUGAUUAAACUAGGUUUAUUUGUGAUGAAUCA